CGGAGCAAACACGUCCUCGAGUCAGCCUCUUAACCAAAAACUAAACUAAAUCUCUUCUAAAAAAACUUUAAAACCUAUAGAACAUUUACCUAGUUAAUUCUCUGUGCUUAAAGUGGGUCCCAGAGGCUGGAACUGAGUAAAGAUGAAGGUUUGGCGCGGUUCAACCCUUCUCCUGUUCCUGUUCCCAGUAUGCGGGCUUGGAACUGAACUAUGCCAAGAUAAGGUUCCAAAGUUUAAGGAGAGUAUACCUGAAGUAACCACUAUACAGGCUGGCCAGAUUGCUUAUCUAACAUGUCAAAUAUUCUGCGUUAACAACAGAUCUGUGUCCUGGGUGCGAGGGACUGAUGGACAUAUUCUAGCAGUAGAUAAUGAAGUUUUUAUUCAGGACCAGAGAUUCCAGUCUUUAACCAGAGAUAACCAAUGGACGCUCAUGGUAGGUUUUUUAUUUGUAGUCUUGUCUUCAUAAUACACGUUAAAAAAGAUAGUAAA